AUGAGUGGGAAACGGAUCCGUCCAGGUCUAUCGCCUCCAGUAGCAGAAGAUGCAGCAGGGGAGGACGAUAUAUUAUCAAGGAAAGCAGAGAUCUUGAGCAGGUUUUCGGAAGAUGAAGACAUGAACCGGAUACUUGAUUUCGACGACGAUGGGAGUCCCGAGAAAUAUCAACAUCAACAGGAUGAUUAUCACACCAUAAAGCUUUCUGAAGGAUUGGACACUUUAAGACUACAAGAUUUUGGCGGUGGUAGUGGUGGUGUCAAGACACUUUUAGGUGGAUCCUCCAUUAAGUUCAGUCCAUCUGAUUCGAUAUCCACGUCGUCUCCAAUUAAGAAGUCGUCCAAAGGACAACGUCGGUUUCUCGAUAGUGGUGGAGGUGGUAUGGUUGAAGACGGUAGACUAUUUGAGAUGAACGACACCGAUGUGACUUCCGAGUUGAGUGAUGCAGAAUUUGAAGACGUGGACAAUAUAUUUGGAGACCAGGAAAGUGGUAUAUAUCUGAAGAUGCAUGAUAGGUUGAACCAGAAGAAACAGCUGUUACAAGAUCAGUCGAAAGUUGAAGAAUUAGAGUUGGAAAAGUUGCACACCACCAGACAACAGCAUCAAGCUGCUGCAAAGAAGCGAAGAUCCAAUUCUCGAAUCAGAAAUCCCAAUGAGCAGCAGCCUCAUGAACGCACUAUAACGUUUGAAGAAAGCUCUAUUGAAGAUUUUGCGAAUGGAUUUGAUAAUGAUAUUGAAGAGAAAAUGUCCAUAUUACCACCUCCAAUGAAACUGAAGCAAUCAUUACCAAAUCUUCAGUCUUUUGGGAAGAACUCUUUAAACACAGUGAAGAAGUUUAAGUCAUCCAUGGAGUUAAUCUCCGAGCACCCCAAGUUCAACACAAGUAACCAUAUAUACCGCAAAUUGAACCGAAUACCCUCUUUCUAUAACCAGGAAACCGCCCACCCACAAGAUGAGGAAUAUGUGAAAGCUCAAGAAAGGAAACUUGCAUUAUUAAGCAAAUUUAAAGAGAGUACAAAGCACCAAAAGAGAGGAAAUGCAAAUGGAAAUCCACAGGAAUAUCACCAAACUCAUUUGCAAAGUAAUAAUGUUCAUCAGCACCUGCAACCUAUAAAGAACAAUAGGAAUGCAACUCAUCAAUACCCACAGCACAAGAAACGGGUGAAGCAUCAAAUUAAUUUGGAGCAAUAUCAGAAACAGCAGUCACAAUUGAAUAUCUACCAUGGUCCUAUGAAGUUAAACUCUCGUACACAAACCUGGGAGGGUAAUGAUUUAGAUCUACUUAAGUUUGAUACGCUAUCAAAACCAUCAUUGAUUACCAUGAAUGAUCUCAAAGGUCGUAACAUCAAAAAAGAGGGAUCAAAGAAGUUUCUAACACUUGCACCUGAUAUUGAACCUUCCAGUAACGAAGAAUCACCUAUGGUAUUUGAUUCCACCAAUUUAAGAUGGGUCUAUCCUGGCGAUGAAGCCCAUACAUUAUUCAAUGUACCUGAUUUGGACGAUAAUAUUUCUCCUAUAAAUGUCAAUGCUGGUGGUGGUUACGUCGAUGUGCUAGCAACCAAUAGUAAUCCUUCUUUGGCUAGACUUCAAUCACCUAUGAGAGGAGCAUCUACGUUUACACAGCGGACCACUUCAAGUACCACCACAGCCAGUACAAGUGAUGGACCACUUAUCUCCACUUCAGGUGCUUCUUCUUCUGUUACGGGAAUUGUUCCAGUUGAGGAGUUUAAUUUGUCAAUGAAGACUAUCAAUCGUUUCCUAAAAGAAGAGGCUAAAAUCAAAAGGAAAGUCGACAAUUGGUUCCCCUCUGGGUCCAAGUAUCUUAUUUGCAACAGACAUCAAGAAUGGAAUGGUGAUCAUUUAUGGGAGAUUCGCAAGUUGGUUGUUGACGAAUGA